AUGGCGACUAUAUUACCAAGACGAGCCGGCUUCGUAUGCCAGUCGUGCAAAAAGUCACUGGCAACAAACUCCAGUCAACGACAAUUCAGUUCGAUAGCUAGGAGCCUCUCGAGUCGCAACCUAGCUUCCAGGCCCACGCGCGGCACUAUCCCUUCCCUUCCUCAGUUACGGUGUGCUUCGGUAUCAGCUUCACAAAGCAGGGCCAAUAAAAGGCCAUUGCCGCGUCUGCAGAAAUCCCGCGAACCAGAGAAAGCAGCAGAGGCAGCAGACUCUGGAAUCAUAACGCUCAAUCCUGCCGAUGUUCUUGUUUCGUUAAAGCAAGACAUCUCGAAGAUAAUCUCUGCCAACGCCGUCCCCCCUCAAGACACAAUAAUUGUCCUUUUGGACCUAAUAUAUCAACUAUCAAACGUGAUUAUCUUUGGAAUCAACAAGGGCCCGAACGAGGUGGAAAAUAAAAAUGGCGAAAACCUAGCGGAUUCUGUUCUGCGAGACCUUGCUGAAGGCAAGUCGGAUGAGCCGGUGUACAUCGCCAACAAGGAGAUGUCGGCGCCUUUCCGCACCAACGCGGCCGGAACACUUGCUGAAUUGACGUGGACGCUGGUGCGAGACCCAAAGGUCUUCAUCUCGUCGGAUGUCCUCAAUAUCUACACACGGAUACAAUGCCUAUUAGGGACGCCAGAGUAUCUCCCUGAAAUAUUCAAUCUGUUCGCGCACAAGAAGAUUCCCCACUCGAACUCAUCACCGGUUACAUACUCGGAUCCGUGGUCUAAAUUGCCUAAAUACGCCGUGCCACACGCGACGGCGAGCAUAGCAUUACAAGCAGCGAUUUUAAAAAAGAAUCUUCCCUUGGCGUUGGCAGUCAUUGACACUACGGUGGCGACACCGGCUUUCCGAGCCAACAAACUUCUAACCAAGGCCUCCAUCCCGCUGUUGGGAGUGGGCGCCCUCCCGGCGCUCGCAUAUGCCGGCUCUUCGUGGGUGGCCUCGACGCAGAACACAAUGGACUUUGAGAUGUCCAAGUACACAUCCAUUGCGGCCGCGAUGGCGUACAUCGGCACAUUGUCCACCAUCGGCUUCGUGGCGAUCACGACCAGCAACGACCAGAUGGAAAGGGUCGUCUGGCGACCAGGCACACAUCUGUCGGCCAGGUGGCUGAGAGAGGAGGAACGAGAGUUUUUCGACCGUCUUGCUCUCGCCUGGGGCUUUGAGGAUAAGGCAAGGCGGGGCGAGGAGUCCGGCGAGGAUUGGCAGACGCUCCGAGAUGAGUGUGGCGUAAGAGACAUGAUCCUUGACAAGACGGAUUUGAUGGAGGGUAUGCAAUGA